AUUUUUUUAAAAAGUUAUAUACACAUAAUUCACAUGGCAUGCAUGUGUCGAGCUAUAUAUACAACAAAGAGGUAGAGAAAAGAAAGGAAAACAAGAGAAAGAAACGAGAGGAACAAUGUUGAUUAAGAGAAUAGAACUCUUUAUAAAGAUGUUGAAGAUAGCAAUAGAUUUAGUGGUGGUGGUGGCUGAAGCCGCCAGAGUCUUCUUGAGCCACGCUCCUCAGGCUCCGCCCGCCCUACUCCGCCAUGGCCCAUACUAUUACUCCGCCUCUACAUCACAGCCUUCGGCUUACAUGAUUGGCUAUCUUCCCUGAGAUUAUAACUCUUUGUAUUAUUCUGUAAAAUAACAAACUAAUGUUAAUUAUGUACUUCUUUUUCAACAUGUAUUACAUGGAUUAAAACCUGGCUGGCUAUGUAGCAGCAGCUGCACUAUCCAAGUUAUCUUUUUUUGUUUUUCUCUUGUGGUGUUCCUCUUUGAUUUUGUUUUCUGGGUUCGAAUGUUCGAAUUAGAUGUGAAAGUGGAACUACAAACAA